ACUGGCACGACAGCUCAAUCGAGUGCUAACCUCCAGCAAGUUCACUUACCGCAUCUCGCGGCAGCGGCAGACAGGCACUCGCACCUGAUCAGACACACAGAUCAAGAAGCGCAAGCCAACCCACCGUCGGUCGUCGGACAGGUUUACAAAAACAGUCAGCCCCGGUGACGCGGCCACACAUCUUAUCAGCGUAACUUCCCGGGCCCCUCCCCCCAGCGGGUAAUUCUAGACGAUCCACCUCUAGACGGCGUGUGUGCGCGACGUGUCGCGUGGGGUUUAGUAAAACAACAGCAAAAAACCGAGAUGCAGCUUCUCAAAUGGCACGGGCAGCUUAUCCUGCUAAACUUCCUGAUGUUCAUGUCGUGGCGACCGUGUCGAGGACUGAACGUUCCCAGUUAUGAUGCCAACUAUCGGGCAAAUCCUACCCGUCGAUCGGCUGUCUUCGCUCAACCAUCGUCCUACUACGACCAGUACGCAGCGGCCGGUCCGAAACCGCUCACCGCCGAUCAGCGUCGGGCGAAGCUGACCGCCCUCUCGAAUCCGGACUUUUACUUCCCCGACGAUCCGGAGGCGGAUCUAGCGGAAGCGAACGAACCCGAACCGGCGCUCGAGCGACAGCGAGCCCGGCCGGCACCGGCAGCCGGCAGCUUCUCCUACAACGAGAAGGACAAAAAUGGACCCUCGCACUGGUACCGGGUGGAUGCGCGGUGCGGUGGCCGCUACCAAAGCCCCAUCCUGCUCAACACGAGCAGCGCCCUGCUGGUGAACCGCAAGCGACCGCUGCGGCUCGACGGGCAGACCAACCUGCCGCAAACGAUACUGCUACAGAACGAUGGCCAUUCGGCCAAGUUUACGUACAACUGGCGCACCGGCGCUGAUCGGCCGGUGCUGCGCGGGGGCCCGCUGAAAACCAAGUACCUGUUCGAUCAGUUCCACUUCCACUGGGGCGUCAACAGUACGGUUGGGUCGGAGCACGUGUACGACUACCAGCGGUACCCGAUGGAGAUCCACCUGGUGUUCUACAACGGGCUGUACGAGUCGUUUGCGGCGGCCCGCGAACAGGUCGACGGCAUUGCGGUGGUCGGGCUGUUCUACGAGAUCUACGACCAUGCGGUGGACGAGCAGCUGAACACCUGGACCCGGUUCCUGCGCAACGUCGUCGAGCCGAACAGCCAGCACACGAUCGAGUUCAUCGACACGUUCCCGCUGUACGAGGUGAUCGGGGACGUCGAGUGGCCGUACUUUUCGUACGAGGGCAGCCUGACGACACCGCCCUGCCUGGAGACGGUGACGUGGAUCGUGGCGACCAAGCCGCUGCUCGUGACGGAGAAGGAGAUGAAGCAGUUCCGCCGGCUCCAGUCGCCGACCGGGCUGAUGGUGAACAACUAUCGCCCCGUGCAGAAGCUGAACCAUCGCCGGGUGUUCCUGUACUGAGGUGAUGGUGACGGUGGUGGUGAUGGUGCAAUUUGACUGAGAGCUGUGCAUGAAUGGGAACACACACAGCCGCAGACCCCGCUAGCUCCUCCGUAGCGAUGAAUACCAAAGGAAAACUGUACUAGAGUUUAAGGACUUUUUCUUACCUGACAUUUCGCCUCCUACUGCACACGCGAGCGCGCAGCGUGUGCAGCGGGCAAAGUAUUAUACAUUAGUGAAAUACAUUAUUUGUUUUUAUCCAGUGCAUUA